AUGUUUUUACAACAACGCAAAAUAAUAUGUUGUGACGUCUGUAAUUUUGCGCUCGACUUGAUCACGAUUCUCGUAAAUGCACAAAUGACAGCUUAUAAUGUAUUAUAUAUAAAGAGCUAUGAAAACAAGAAGUGCUCUCUCGAUGUUCUAAACUGUGUCAAUCAUAUUCAGAAAUCAUUAGAUCGUGAGAUGGCUCUUAAAGGUCCUAGUUAUUUAGCUGGAUUAUUUCGUCUAACUCCUCAGAUACAGUCAGGGGUUUUUGAAGCCAAACAACCAAAGCCGAAAACAUCUUACGAGUCAAUACAACACAACGAAAGUCAAACGACCUUUUAUCGUAGUAUUCCGUCCAUAUCUGAUGACCCGAAUUCCCAAGAAUCCUUACAAAUAACUUCUCCUGAGGUCAAUGAAAAGAGUCCAUUAUGUAUUAUUGCACCAAUUGAUAGAAAUUUACUAUGUGCUAAAACAAUGAAAUCUGAAUGUCAUCAGCAAGCAUCAACAUCUCAUUCUACAUAUGAGAAUAGAGAUUAUACAAAUAGUUGUCGUUCUUUAUUAUCAAUAUCUAGUAACAGAGAAAUUAGCGAUAUUGCACCAUCAGUUUUAAAGACACGAAAACACAAGUUGUUAGUUGAAUAUCAAGAAGCGAUGAAACCAAUAACUUCUAUUGAUAUCCCAUUGGAAUAUGAAGAGAAACUUAUUUCUUUAUUGAAAUAA